ACUGCUGGAGACAAAGAAAUCUUUUUCAGCAUCAUUGAGAGACUGGAGCCUCAUCUUCUCAUCGAGGAGACGUUACCACUUGAUGCACAGCGUGGGAUUAUUGACCCAGAACCAGUCCAUAUGUCACACAAUGAUCCUCUUUUGAGUGUGGGGGCAACCGGAAGUGAUCUGUUCCCUGAGCAUGACUGGAUUAAACUUGAGCCUGAAGUGAACUGUGUGGAUGCAGACGAUGCUCCAUUUUACAGCCUGCAGUCUGAAGCAGGUGCCUUUGAAUGCAGUGUGUCUGGCUUGCGCUGGGUUUGUAAGGAAAAGGUCAGCUUCAAGUACCAGUUUUGCUCUUGGGAGGGGCACGCGGACAGACUGGAAACCAAGCAGUACAUCCCUGGAGGUCCCCUACUGGACAUUACAGUCAUUGCUGGAAAGUUAGAUGAAGCACAUUUGCCACACUGGAUCUGCACAGAAGACAACCCUACAGUUUUAGACAAGUUUGCAGUCCUCCACAUAGAUACAUGUGGAGACAUUGUGGAACAAGUGUCUGAGGUCACAUCAUCCCAUGUCAAGUUGUCUCAGCCAGCUUUCUCUCCAAGAGGAAUCCUGAUGAGAGCCGGCUUCUCCGUGAGAAUUCACUGUAAAGUGUUAAUAUACAAGACCACCAAAACAUCCCUCACACUGCAUGUCUAUGUGAUCCCUUGUGAUCCGGCUCUAGAAGAGAAAAUACAGAACAAGGAAUUAUCCAGUGGAUGCAGAGUGAUCCAAAAGCCUUACCCAGUAAAAUCCCUGAAAAUGCGCGACUAUUUCAUCCUCACAGCUGAUAUGGACACUGCAGAAAUUUACCCCAAGAAAUUAAAGCUCAUAUAUGAAUGGUGUGACCCAAACUUCUUCGAAGUGUUCAUUGUCGAUCCUGACAGUAAUUUCGAGCUCGGACUCAGACACGAAACAAGUGGACAAGUGUGGACCUGUGCAAUGCGAAAAGAUGACUAUCAAAACACUGGUGAUGUUCAGGUGAUAUAUGACAAGGAGCUUGCCAGACUGAGGCCUAGACUUGUGAACAGGGUGUCCACAGAGCUUAUCAACCAGCUGCUGGAUGAUCUGUUGGAGGAUGGUGUCUUGAAUGAUGGGGAGAAAGACUCGAUACUUCAGGACAACAGUACCAGUGCAAACAGGGCACGCCGCCUCAUCGACAUGAUACGGAUGAAAGGACGCAAAGCCAGCAGGAAGUUGUUAACUCACCUUCAAAGCAGAGACCCUAUGCUUUGUGCUGAUCUGGGGCUGCCCUCUGGCCUACCUGUGUAGUCAGAGACUGAAGGAGAGAAACCCAAACUCAACCCUGCUGCUGAUAGAAAGAAAUGAAGAAUGAAGACACUCCUAAUUCAUUCUGCACUAAAAGUCAUAUCAGGUGACAGACAUGAUCAAUGGUUGAGCUGUUAAUAUGUUAAAUCAACUCUUAAGAACUUGAUCAGUGCUGCACUGAUGAGUAUUUUUGUAUUAAGUGUACAGUGUGUAGGAUUUAGGGGGAUAUAUUGGCAGAAAUGGAAUCUAAUUCAUAGAGUAUAAUCACCUGAAACUAGGUUGUGUUUUCAUUGCCUGAAUGAGCCAUUUAUAUCUACAUACAGAGUAGGUCCUCUUCCACAGAGUCGUCCAUGUUGUUCUCCAGUCGCCCAGAACAGAGAAACCAAACACCUGCUCUCAUCAGGGCCAUUGUGUGUUUGCGUUGGCCACUGUAGUUCUCCUACACACAACUAAGUGGUGAACACAGUGGAGCAUUAAGCAGCUUAAGAGCUUGAUAUUAGGAGAAGGUUAAGACUAAAACAUAUUUAAAAAGAGAGUAUAAUACUAACGCUGGAUUUAUUUCUUGUGUGGACUGAAACUGUGUCUGCUGAUAAUGUGUAAAUGUAGAUGAUAAACAAAAUUAUAUCAUUCACAUGAACAAAAAGGGAGGGCACCAUUUUUUUGG